CAUUCUCUCAAGAAUGAAAAUGCUUCUGUUUGGUGUCUGGACCCUGCUGGCCUUGAUCCCUUGUCCAGGGACCACAGAAGGGCUGUUUCAAGUGUCUGUUUGGCCACACCAGGCUCUGGUGAGGUUUGGACGGUCCCUGACCAUCAAUUGCAGCACCACCUGCCCAGACCCCGGGCCCAGUGGAAUUGAGACCGUCUUAAAGAAAACCCAGCUGAGCAGAGGGCCUCAGUGGAAGCAGUUUCUCCUGGAGGACAUCACUGAGAACUCUGUCCUGCAAUGCUUCUUCUCUUGUGCGGGGGUCCAAAAGGACACAACGCUUGACAUCAUCAUGUACCAGCCGCCGGAGCAAGUGAUCCUGGACGUGCAGCCCGAGUGGGUAGCCAUGGAUGAGGUGUUCACUGUGAAGUGUCACGUGCCCAGUGUGGCACCCCUGCGGAGCCUCACCCUUACCCUCCUCCAGGGCGAGCAAGAGCUGCACAGAAAGGACUUCAUGAACUUCUCUGUGGCAGCCCAAAAAGCUGAGGUCAGCGUCAGUGUCCUAGCCCAGCGGGAGGAGGACAGGUGCGAUUUCUCCUGCCACGCAGACCUGGAUCUCAGCCCACAAGGUGGGGAGCUGUUUCGUGGCAGCUCAGCCACCAAAGAACUCCGGAUCUUUGAGUUCUCUCAGAAGCCCCAGAUCGGGGUACCUUCACUGCUGGAGGUUGGGAUGGCAGAGACUGUGAGCUGUGAGGUCCCUAGGGUGUUUCCAGCCCAGGAAGCUGUCUUCCGCAUGUUUCUAGAAGACCAGGAGCUGAGCCCUUUCUCCUCUUGGGAGGGAGAUGCAGCAUGGGCCAGCGCCACCGUUCGGGCCAUGGAGACGGGUGACCAGGAGCUGACCUGCGUUGUGUCUCUGGGUCCCACAGAGCAGAAAGCAAGGAAACCAGUGCACGUCUACAGUUUCCCUCCACCAGUUCUGGAGAUUGAAGAUGCUUACCCUCUGGCAGGGACAGAUGUUAAUGUCACCUGCUCAGGUCAUGUGUUAACAUCACCUAGCCCUACUCUUCAGCUUCAGGGAUCCCCAAACCGCUCUGCUCCUGGGGAGCCUGCCUGGCUUCUGUUUACUGCCAGGGAGGAAGAUGAUGGCCGAAAUCUCUCCUGUGAGGCCUCUUUGGAGGUACAGGGCCAGCGACUGGUCAAAACCACUGUGGUCCAGCUUCAUGUCUUAUAUAAGCCGAGGUUUGAGGAGUCCAGCUGUCCUGGCCACCAGGUAUGGGAGGAAGGGAUGGAUCAGAUGCUUGCCUGCGUCCCCGAGGGAAGCCCUGUCCCAGUGCUGGUGUGUCUGUGGAACGGGAUGAUCGUUGACCUUGAUGUACCUCAGAAGGCCACCCAGAACCUCACUGGGACCUACUGCUGCACAGCCACUAACCAGCUGGGCUCCGUCAGCAAAGACAUUGCUGUUGUUGUCCAAGGCCUGCCGGAAGGGAUCAUCUCCUCUACCAUCUUCAUCAUUGUCGUCUCCACCCCUGGCAUAGCUGUGAUCACCAUAGCACUAUAUCUGAACUACCAGCCCUGCAAAAGAACCCGGAGGAAGCGGGCACACAGGCAGAAAGAGCAGAGCAAAGACGAGGAAGGCCAGUUUGCAGAUAUACAGGCACAAGAAUGCAACUCACAUCACUACUUGGCUCGAGUGUGACGUCAGCUACUGGCAUUUUCUGGGGAGGGAAGAGUGGGCCAAGGAGGAUGGAAGAGACAGAAUGGGAGGCUGCUGUCCCCACACAGGCUUUCAGGGUCCCAUGUGGCUUGCAUCCAGUCCAUCUGGAGCUUGUCUCUCUCCCUUGAGUUUAUUCCAGUUUGGAGAAAUUUCAACCUGAUUGUUCCAACUGGUGGGAGAGCCUCUCACUCCUUACUUUGUAUUUCCCACUCCAACAGCAAAUGAGAAGGAUCACCGGAAAAAUCCUAGAAUACAUUGCUCAGGGUUUCCCAGUGAUAGGAACUUAUCUUGUAGUUUGGGCACAAGUCGUUAUACGGUAGGUAGCAGGAAAGUGGGCAGGAAUUAGAACUCUGUUCCCCUGUCCACAGUCCCCUGCUUCCCAAACAGUGCCUGAUGACAUGGGGGAGAGGUGCCAGCUGCUUAAGCUUUGC